AUGCAGUUUCAAAUGAAGCUCCAAACAAAUCCAAAAGACUACUUUAUGAUAGAAAAGGAAAUAGAGAUAUCAAAGGAGUAUGUACAGCUAAAAGAGGCUAGAGAACAAUUCUUGAAACAAAAAGCAAAGGUACAGUGGUUGCAGGAGGGGGACCAUAACACAAAAUUUUAUCACAGCUACAUGAAAGCGAGAAGAAAUAAUAAUAGAGUGUUUGUUAUAAGGGAUAAGGAUGGAGUUCAACAAACAGGAAUGAAAGCAAUAAAUAACGCAUUCCUGAGUUACUACGCAGAGAUGUUGGGGCAAGCAAACAAAGGAAGACAACAUGUUAGUAAUGAAAUAAUCAAAAGAGGGUCUGUGGUAACUGAGGCUCAAAGAACACAACUAGAGAUGGUAUUUACAGAAAAGGAAGUGAAAGAAGCCAUGUGGGGAAUUGAUGGGAACAAAUCACCUGGGCCAGAUGGAUACGGGAGCCAAUUUUUCAAAGAUAACUGGGACAUUGUAGGCAAUGAUGCUGUCAAAGGAGUGAUGGAUUUUUUCAGCACAGGGAAAUUGCAUAAGGGUAUAAAUAGUACUACAAUAACAUUGAUUCCAAAAGGUACUCAUGCUGAAGCAGUAGGGGACUAUAUGUCAAUAUCUUGUUGCAAUGUCAUAUACAAAACAAUCUCGAAAAUGCUAUGCUGA